CAGCUACAGCGGAGACCUGGGUUUUUCUCGUCCCCCUUCUCCUCCUUUUUUUUUUUUUUUUGCGUUUUUUUUUUUUUUUCUUGAAGUCCUCCCCCUUUUCCCUCCCCUUCCCCUGCGCAGAGAAAACUCCCGUGCGAAGCGCAGGCACCGCGCUCUCCCGGCUGGGAAGUUGCGGCAGCUCCGGUGCUCUGCAACCGCGGGGAGAAGGCUCCGGACUUACAAAACCCAGACUGGGGGCCACGGGCUAAACGUUUUGCACCGUUCUUCUUCUUCUUCUUCUUCCUCCUGCACAGACCCGAAAGGCAGCAUCUUUGUGUUUUCUUUUUUUUUUUUUUCCUUUUUGUUUUGCUUUUUGCCCCCUUGCUGCUCCUUUCUCCUCGCAAGCGGCUGUCCGAGCGCCGGGAGCUGCUGCAGCCUGCGGGGCGUUGCGAGCGCUGAGAUAUAAAAAGACAGGAGACAUCCAGGCGGCUCGUCCUUGGCUUUGUUGCUCCGGACAGAAGAAGCCCCAGAAGCCGGGAGGAAGGAGGCGGUGGAAGGAGGGGGCGGGUGGGAAAGAGAGGAAAGGAAGCCAGAAAGCCAAAGUUGAUUUGGAAUAAGGGAGAGCGGCCGGUCCUCUGCCAGGCUGCGCGCUGGAGUGAGGUCUCCAGCCCCCCUCCGCCGGGAGAGGUGCCCGCAAGACAGCGAUGGCAGGAGAGCUCAGCAUCGGAGCCGAGCUGCCCACUAGCCCGCUGGCCAUGGAGUACGUCAACGACUUCGACCUGAUGAAGUUCGACGUGAAGAAAGAACCCCUGAGCAGGAACGACCGCUCGGGCAGGCACUGCACCCGCCUGCAGCCUGCCGGCUCCGUCUCCUCCACCCCCAUCAGCACCCCCUGCAGCUCCGUGCCCUCCUCGCCCAGCUUCAGCCCCACCGAGCAGAAGACCCACUUGGAGGACCUGUACUGGAUGGCCAACAGCUACCAGCAGAUGAAUCCCGAGGCGCUGAACCUCACCCCAGAGGAUGCUGUCGAAGCUCUCAUUGGGUCCCACCAAGUGUCCCAGCAGCUGCAAGGCUUUGAGAGCUUCCGGGCCCACCACCAUCACCAUCACCACCACCACCAACACCACCACCAGUACCCCGCGGUCACUCACGAAGAUCUGGCCGGCAGCGGGCACCCUCACCACCACCACCAUCAUCACCACCAGGCCUCUCCCACCCCCUCCACCUCCUCCAGCUCCUCCCAGCAGCUCCAGAACUCGCACCAGCAGCAUCCCCCCUCCAGCAGCGUGGAGGACCGGUUCUCGGAUGACCAGCUGGUCUCCAUGUCCGUGAGGGAGCUCAACAGGCACCUCCGAGGCUUCACCAAAGACGAGGUGAUCCGCCUCAAGCAGAAGAGGAGGACCUUGAAGAACAGGGGCUAUGCCCAGUCCUGCAGGUAUAAACGUGUCCAGCAGAAGCACCACCUGGAGAACGAAAAGACCCAGCUCAUUCAGCAGGUGGAACAGCUCAAGCAAGAAGUGACCCGGCUCGUCAGAGAGAGAGACGCCUACAAGCUCAAGUGUGAGAAACUUGCCAGCAAUGGCUUCAGAGAGGCCGGCUCCACCAGUGACAACCCGUCUUCCCCAGAGUUCUUCAUGUGAGUGCUUAACAAAAAUAAUUAAAAAAAAAAAACAAAAACAAAAAAAACCCCACUCCCCCAAACCUGACCCCUGUCACCUCCCCCCACCCUCCUCUGACAUCUCCAUCCAUCUGUCUGCUUGACUAGAGAGAAAGAAGGAGAGAAAAAUAGAGACUCGAUUUUUUUUUUUAUUAUUAUUUUUUUUUUUUUGCAGCAUCCAGUCUUCUAGAUUAGCUGUGGGAAAAGUAGGCUGGGGGUGGGGAUGGGAGAGGUAAAGUGCAACUUUUCAACUUUGGUUUGUGAGUUAGAGAGAGGGACAGAGGCAGAAGCAAAGGAGAAAAGGACAAAUGAAGCGUUUUAUAGAUCGCUUGCUUGCAGAACGAGAUGGACUUUAAGAGAAUAAUAAUAAAAAAGGACAAUGAACAAGCCAUCUAUAACAUACUGCCUGCUUGGAAAGAGAGAGGACAUGCACAGCACCAUCUCAUGCACAAUUUACCUGCUUGGAAAAAGAGAAUAAAUAAAAAGGACAAUAUAUGCAAACUCUUCAUAUAUUGCCUGCUUUGAGAAAUAAGUUACAGGACUCAGACGGGACAUUCAAUCUAAGAAAGGAAAGAAAGAAAGAUUGAAAGAAAGAAAGAAAAAAAACUCAUCAGUUUUAUUGCCUGCUUGAUUAUAUAGAAAAAAUACGAAAAUCUGCAUUAAAAAUAUUAAUCCUGCAUGCUGGACAUGUAUGGUAAUAAUUUCUAUUUUGUACCAUUUUCUUGUUUAACUAUAGCAUGUUGAUCAUCGAUCAUAGAUUUCUGUUGUUGUUUUGUUUCAUCGAUAAGAAAAGCAUUACAAGUUAUCAAACUUUUUACUGCUUGUGCAGUUCUGUUCGUUGGUUUUGCUCUCUUAUUUUCUUUUAUGGUUGUUAGCUUGUAAAUAUCUGCUACUUCAAACCGCACAGGAGAAAAAAAAAAAACAACAAAAACAGAAGCAAAAUAACAUUUCAGCAGGCUGGUUAUACGGUUUGUUUGGUAUUAAAGAGAUACAUAAGGAAAAAAGUUAUGGGCAUUUUGCAUUAGAAAAAGAACCAACUUUGUAUAUCUGGUGCACUUUUAAGUUGUAUUUUUUUGGUUUUUUUUUGUUUUAGUUUUCAUUUUGGUUUUUGUUUGUUGCGGCAGAUACAAAAACGCCUGAAUGGCAUUGACAAACCUAAACUUAACAGGGGAAAAAACCUCUCAUCGGUCACAAGAGCCUACUCCGUGCUUUAAAGUGGCAGCAAAAGCUCUUUCCUUCAGGACAAUUCCCAGCCUGGAGUGGUUAGACUUGGCCAUAUAGUUUCCCUUCUGAUUGUUCACUCAGGAAGCGAAGGACAGACGGGAUAUCAGUUCCUUUUAAGAAACAACUGCUCCUUAAUUUUCGGUAAAUAAAGCCCCCCCUCUCCCCCUCCUCCCGUUCCAACCCCAGUUGCGAGAGCAGCGAGGGCUCCCUGUGCCACUGAGCUUAGGUUUCUCAAUGAUAUCGAUGAUAGCAGCGAAUGAGUGGGCUGGAAAAGCAUAUAAAUCUUAUUUUUAAGACGACAUACUGCAACUUUUAAGUGUAUUCUUUUGCCACGAUUUGUAAUCUGCUUCUCUGCUUCCCUAUGCAGCGAGUGAAAGUUUUAGCCAAAAUUUAUUUGCUGUUGUGUAGUAGUGGUAGUUUGGAGUCUUAUGGGUGUUUUUUAUUACUUUUAUUAUUUUUUUUUCCUCCUGCAGGUCAGUAAAAGGAUUUACGUUGCACUGACAAAAAUACCAAAAUGAAAACUUAUUUUUUAGUUUCCUUUUAGGAUAGCUGGCACUGCUGGCCGGAUGCAUUUUAAGUUUGUAUUAGUUUAUAAAUUAACAGUAAUAACAAGAUUGUAAUGAACAGCAUGGUGCUUGCAGUUUUAAAUAUUGUGGAUAUUAGUCAUGCAUCAGAAAACGAUCUUUGGUUUUUACUGAUUCAACUGUGUUGAAAUCAAAACAUUGCAGCAGCGGAAAAAAAAUUGUUUUUAUUUCAUGUAAAGUUCUGAAGGGAUCAAUUUCAAAUCCUGCUUAUGAUAUGAAAAAAAAAUAUUAAAAAACCUGGUCUAUUGUAGUUUUA